GGGUGAGCGAGGUAGAGAGAGAGAGAGAGAGUGUGUGUGAGCCUGUGACACCGAGAUGUUCAUGAUCAUUCGUGAGUCGUCGUCCGCCGGAGGAGGCGGUGCAGUGAUGAGCGCGCCGCACGAGAGGAGUGCAAAACAGGUGCAAGCCUCCAUCAAGAAGAAAAUGGAGAAGCAGAAGAGGCGAUCAAGCGCGGCAGGUGCGGCUGGAGACAUUCAGACGGCUCCACCUCCUCGCCACCAGAAAACUAGCUUCCCCACGGCGGCGGCUGCUGAGGACAGCGAGACGCAAGACGAGGAGCUGGACGAGCUGAUGGAGGGGCCACAGGGCAGGGGGAGGGAGAGAGAGGAGGAGGGGGAGCCUGUGGACCUGCUGCCCAUCGUGGAAUCUGUGUUCGGGCAGGACAGAGAGCUGAGACCAGAGGAGAUUGACGAACUCCGCGAGGCCUUUGUGGAGUUUGAUAGGAACAAAAAAGGCUACAUCAGUCACAAUGACCUGGGGGAGUGUAUGAGGACGAUGGGAUACAUGCCGACAGAGAUGGAGCUCAUCGAACUGAGUCAGCAGAUUUGUGGAGGUAAAGUGGACUUCGAGGACUUUGUGGAGCUGAUGGGACCCAAGAUGCUGGCAGAGACAGCAGACAUGAUCGGAGUCAAGGAACUACGUGAUGCAUUCAAAGAGUUUGACUCUAAUGGUGACGGUCAGAUCAGUUUGAAUGAGCUCCGUGAAGCUAUGAAGAAGCUGAUGGGAGAACAAGUGACAAACAGAGAGAUCAACGAGAUCCUCCGUGACGCCGACCUCAACGGAGACGGCCUGGUGGACUUUGAGGAGUUUGUGCGAAUGAUGUCCCGCUGAGCAGAAUGCCCACAUGUCACACAAUGUACAGCCAGACAUAAUGCAACUGCUGAAUCUGCUUGUAAGACUACACAUAUAAAAUUGUAUUUUUGUAUUAAACAAAUAAGAAUACAAAAAGGCUUUGACUGCACGAAUAGUAUCCAGAGUAGAAAUAAUAUGACUAUCCACUUCUGACUAGGUGCAAUACAAAGAUAAAGCACUUUAAUAGCGUAAAACAUAUCAAGCGCUUCUUAGACAACAUUUAUGACUCUGUGUUUUUUAGCUGUUUUUUUAUAUAUCAAUGU